ACCAUUUGCUUUGGUUUAAAAGUAUGCAAGGCAGUGACAUUAGCAAACAACAACUUUGCUUCACUUAUCUCUAAGAUUAAUCAAAAACCAAUAGUUAUGAAUGCCUAUGGCUAUACUAUUGCAACUAUCACUUUGGUUCUAUUCAUAUCCUGGUUAUUACCAAGUAUUGGAGUUGAAACAGAGGCACCACAAUCAGAGCUGAUACCUCCCGGUUCCUCACUUUCCAUUAGCAGUGCUCACCCCUCUUCAUGGCGUUCCCAUUCCGGCCUAUUUUCCUUUGGCUUUUAUCGACAAGGAAAUGGCUUUGUCGUCGGAAUUUGGUUUGGCAAGAAUAACAGGACAAUAGUAUGGACUGCAAACAGGGAUUAUCCUCCGGUGACCUCAACUGCAAAUCUACAAUUUACCAUGGACGGUACACUAAUACUAAAGGAUCAACAUGGACAAGAGAAGGUUAUGGUUAAUGCCAAUGCAAGAGCUUCCUUUGCCUCGAUGCUUGAUUCUGGCAACUUUGUACUAUACGACAGCAAUAAUAUUUCCAAAAUCAUAUGGCAGAGUUUCGACUUUCCAACUGAUACUUUGUUGGAGGGUCAAUCUCUACCUCUUGGAGGCCAACUGUUCUCUAGUUCAUCAAACCACAAUAGCUCAACUGGAAAGUUUUAUCUCCAUAUGCGGACUGAUGGAGAUCUUACUCUCUAUCCAGCAUACACAUUAGAAUCAGCUUGGGAAGCUUAUUGGGCCUCUGGUACCGCUGGAGAUGGUAGGCCAACUAUUCAAUAUUAUCUUUACCUCAACAAAACCGGUUUACUGCAGAUCUGGAAUAGAAGCAGUAAUUCUAACCUUAUUGCCACUUUGAAAAGUGAUGAAGGGGACCAGCACAACACUGGAAACCAGACUAUUUAUCGUGCAACCCUUGAUUCUGAUGGGGUUUUUCGGCUGUAUGCUUAUCAUGUUAACAAUGAAAGCAAUAAUAUUAUAGGAAGUUGGCCAGGGAAGAAUACAUGUGAUGUAAAAGGGUUUUGUGGCUACAACAGUUACUGCACAUUCAAUGAUGACAAACCAGUGUGCAAUUGUCUCCCGGGUUAUAAAUUUGUAGAUGCAAAUGAUGAUACUCUUGGCUGUGAAAGGAACUAUUCAAAAGAAGAAUGUAAAGGGGACAGAGAUGCUAAGGCCUUUUAUGAAAUGGUCCCGAUGAACAAUAUUGUAUGGGAGGACUGUCCUUAUUUCAAAGAUGAACGGAUGUCGUUUGAACAAGAAUGUUCAUUUGCUUGCUUGGUUGAUUGCAACUGUUGGGCUGCAGUUUACAAAAAAGAAGACGGCCAUUGCAAGAAACAAGGUCUGCCUUUGAGAUAUGCCAAACGAUCACAUGAAGCUGACGAUUCUACCACGGCUUUCUUAAAGGUUGGAAAGAAUAGCAUCCAAAGUUCAAAGUCGUAUGGAAAACCUAUUUCUUUUCCAAUCAAGACUACAAGUAACAAAUCAGUAGUGCACAUUAUUGUCAUUACAUCCAUAUUUAGUGUUGUUUUGUGUUCAGUGAUUGUAAUAUCCAUCCAUUACAUAUACAAGAUUCGGGUACUGAAGUACAAAAGACUAACAGAGACUUGGAACUUUGGAGGGCUGAAUGAAGAGGUGUCUUUGAGAAGGUUUACAUACAAUGAGCUAAGAAGGGCAACAAAUCAUUUCAAGGAAAAGUUGGGUAAGGGCUCUUUUGGAGCAGUUUACAAAGGAGCCUUAAACAAAGGUAAGAGAUUGAUUGCAGUGAAGAGACUAGAGAAGUUGGUGGAAGAAGGAGAAAGAGAGUUUCAAGCAGAAGUGAGAGCCAUUGGAAAAACCCACCACAGGAACCUAGUUAGAUUGCUUGGUUUUUGUGCUGAGGGUUCUAAAAGGCUUCUAGUUUAUGAAUACAUGAUCAAUGGUUCACUUGGAAAGCUUCUGUUUGGUGAUCAAAGACGUCCCGACUGGGAUGAGAGAGUAAAAAUAGCACUAGAUAUUGCUAGAGGGAUAUUGUAUCUCCAUGAAGAGUGUGAGGCACCAAUCAUUCAUUGUGACAUAAAGCCUCAAAACAUUUUGAUGGAUGAGUUUUGGACUGCUAAGAUAUCUGAUUUUGGUCUUGCAAAACUUCUAAUGCCAGACCAAACCAAAACUUUCACGGUGAUUAGAGGGACAAGAGGCUAUAUGGCUCCGGAAUGGAACAAGAACGUGCCAAUAUCACCGAAGACAGAUGUUUAUAGCUAUGGAAUAAUGCUGCUGGAAAUUUUGUGUUGCAGAAGAAACAUAGAUGUUGAUCAUGUGUUGGAACCUGAGGAGAUUCUUCUCUCUGGUUGGGCUUAUAAGAGCUUUGUUGCAGGAGAGGUGAAUAAGCUUGUUCCUUGCGAAGUCAUCGAUAACGAUGUCUUAGAAAAUAUGAUUAAGGUGGCUCUUUGGUGUAUCCAAGAUGACCCUCUUCUCAGGCCAACAAUGAAGGGUGUGGUGUUGAUGUUGGAAGGAGUUACUAAUAUAGCAAUUCCUCCUUGUCCAAAUUCCAAUCAUGCAUAGAAGAAACUGUCACCGCUGUUCCUCAUGUGUCUUUUAGUUUGUUUAUUUGUGUCAUGUUAUGUUUUUUUUUUUUCUUUCAGUUGUUAAAAGGUUGUCUUCGUGUUGUGUAGAGUUAAAAUAAGGUAGCAAACCAAAAACUAAUGUAGUAAAUUGUUCCUCUUC